CAACCAAUAGGAGCGCGGGGCCGGAGAGGCGAGUAACGCUCGAGAGCCGCAGCGGCGGUGGCGAUGGCCCUGGAGCGCGGAGACCGGCCGCUCCCCGCCGGCACCGAGGGUCUUCCCCGGGCGUUCCUGCAGAGCCUGCGCACCCUCUUCGAUAUCCUGGAUGACCGGCGGCGCGGCUACGUGCACCUACGGGAGAUCGAGUCCCGCUGGCGGGGAGCGGAAGCCCGGGAGCUGCCCGCCGGGGUGAUGGAGGGGCUGCGGCGGGCGGCACCGGCCAGCGGGUACCUCACCUUCGAGAGGUUCGUCCUGGGGCUGCGCGCUUCCCUGCCCGGGGCUGACCCCCCGGCGGAGAGCGGCGGGCGGCGGAGCGAGGAGAAGCCGCCGAGCCCGCGCUGUGCCGAGGAGCGGCGCAGGAAGAGCAACGGGCAGCGGGAGCCGGGGCACGGCCAGCACCGCGGCCGAGGUGGUGAUGCUAAAGCUGCUGGGCAGUCCCAGGGAGACAGUGGCCAUCCAGGGGCUGGGGAUGCUCGGAGGCAUCAGAGAGGACGUGCAGAACAUCGGAGACACACCAUCACCAAUGGCGUGGACUUCAGCAUGCUGAAGCACAUGAAGGAGCUGGAACAGGAGAAGGAUUUCCUGCUGCAGGGUCUGGAGCUGGUCGAGUGUGCCUGGGAGUGGUACCACCAGCACAUCCAGUUCAUGCAGGAACGCCAGAGGCUUCUGGGGAAGAACAAAACCAGUGCGGACUUUCCAACUGAGGGCAGCCAAAGCCACUUGGGGCGCCUGGUCCCCAAGCUGCAGGAAGUAAACCGCUGCCUGGGUGACCUCCUGUCCACUGCUGGCAAGCCAGCAAACCCCUCCUCAGCUCUGAGCAGGCUGGUCCCUGUGGUGUCCCCAGCCUCAGCAGGCUCCCAGCAAGCCAUCAACAUGCUGAAGGAGCAAAACCGGCUUCUCACCAAGGAGGUGACUGACAAGAGCGAGCGCAUCACCCAGUUGGAGCAGGAGAAAUCUGCCCUGAUCAAGCAGCUCUUUGAGGCUCAUGCCCGCAAUAACCAUGAGACAAGCCAGCUGGACUCCACCUUCAUCUAGCACCCAGCUCCCACCUCCCCGGCCUCAAGCUUUCCUGGGGGUUUCAUGAGACUUUUGCCCCAAACCCACCACAUCCGUUGCUCCAGGUGUUUUAUCCUGAUGUCCGGAACUGCUGGUGGCAUCUUUGUAGGAGGAAUCCAGGAACCCCUUGGAACUUCCUUGGCCCCACCUGGGAGCGUCCCUGCACUGCUUUGCCGCUGGGCUUUUCAGCUGUGCUGCUCUCAAGCUGCUCCUUUCCCAUCUCUAAGGGGACUUCAGAGAUCGUGCCCCAGCCCCGGGUCCCUGAUGUGCUGGAGGAAAUGGCCACUGCCUGUGUGGGGGGAGCUGCUGUGCCCUUGGCCUCACUUGGGCUGAAUUUUGGCUGCUGUCCUAAAAAGAGCACGUAUCUUCAACACUCCUGCUGGCACCUCCAGGCAAGCAUGGCUGUUGGAGGGGGUGGCCUGACCCCUGCUUGUGCUGCUGUUGGAAGACAAAUUGAAAAUCCGAUGGGGCCUACCUGGCCCCUCUGCUGCCUGAGUCCUGCCUGCCAGUGACACUGUCCUGGGCCAGAGCAGCACCUGAGCUGAUGCUCCUCUGGUGCAAUCCCUCUUUCCAAUUGCAGUAGUGAUGCCAUAGUUGCUGUUUACAUGUGUGCAGGCUCCUGUAGCUCAUGAGCCAUAGACUCGAACGAGGUAGCCCGUACGUCUGAGCUGCAGUUCCAGGCUCUUUGCAGAUUGAGGCAGACACUUCCAAGUCCUUUGGUCUGCCUUGACCCGGCAAAUGGAUUCUUAUGACUGCCAGACUUUGUUGGUUUUUUUUUUCCAUGAUGACUUUAAAAGGAAAGGGGAAGUCCUGCAGCAGGAGGAUGCUAACACAAGCCUGACUUCUGAGGAGGCUUCAGGGUAGGGUUUUGUAAUGAACUGAGCGAUGGAGUGGGUGCUGAUGGGCUCUUUCCUUUGCGUAUCUCCAAGUGGAGGAAUGGCAGCUUUGCCUGUCCUGGUGGUGGAUGCUGGAUUCCUGGGGCAACAUCCUGAGUAUGAACUGCACCUUCCUCCAGGUCUCUUGGGAGGGUGGGGUGGUCUAAGCAUGGGUCCUGUUAGACUGGUGCAUUUCAGGAUACCUCUUCUUCACACCCAGCUCAGUGAUGAUGCUUGAGCUGAAUGAUGUCUUCCACUGUGGCUUGGUACUUGAUAUUUAUGGUACUUUCAUAGGAGAUCCUUGUGAAUUCCCAUGUAGCACAAAUCUGGCCCUUUGUAGCUCCAAGACCAGGACCUUUCUCUACAGGAUUGUUUCCUGCCUCUCCUGGCAUGAUGCUGGAGCACAAUGCACUGAGCUGGGCAGAAGGUGCUGGACCUGCCCUGCCCUGAGCACCGUGCAGACCAGUUCCUUUCUUAUUUGUGGUUUUUAUGUGUCCAGUGCUGUGUGUCCCAUUCAGCUCCUCUCUUUGAGGUUGAUCUUGACUUGAAGCUCACUGCAACGCAUGGAUCCCUGCUCUACCCUUGUGUCUGCUGCUCUGUGAUGGAGCAGGGAUCAACGGAGUGCCAGGGUGAGGGAGGUGGAGCAAGGCCAGGACUAGUUGUGUCCUCUAGCUGUGAGAGUAGGACAUCAGUUGUCCUCUGGGCCACUUUUGUGAUGCCACCUCUGGUGUUCACAGCUUGUUUUGCCUGAGACUUAAAUGUGACCCUCUUUCUGAGAAGGGUCUCUUGUCCAUGGGAGUAAUAAAGCGGGGUGAAUUAUUUAA